GGAGGAGGAGGAGAGGAGGAGGGGAAGACUCAUUCAGCCUGUAAAAGCCUCGAAAGAAAGAGGAGGAGUGGAGCAGCCGGUGCUUGGACCCACAGAGAGCUCGCGGGCUGUGGGAAAGUAAACAGCUCGCGGACUGUUGCAGCUUUUCCCGCAGGAGGAGAACCAGGAUGGGCAGGAAGUCUAUGGGAAGUUGUUGAUUAAAAUCGCUCGGGAGGCGCUGAAGCUUUCCUGUGGAAGCGCUUCUACUCGGGAUAAGAAGACCCUAUGUCCACAGCUCUGUCCCCUCAGAAACCGAGAGAGGUGAAGGAGGAUGAGGAAGAGGAGGAAGAACAGGGAGAGAAGCUUGAGUUUGAGGGCUGUAAGAAAGAAGGAGCUGCACUGAACAGAUCGGCAGCAUCGGAGACAUCGGACUUAAUCAAGGAGACAAGAACACAAAUUUCAGUCACAGAUAUGACUGUUAAAAAUGAUUCAAACUCACGUUUGGAUACUGCUAGAGCGCCCACUGCUGGUGUGGAGGAUCCUACUGUGACAGUAGAAACCUGCAUCCAGAGUACAGGUAUGCCAUCAUCGGAAAGCAUAACGCAAGAUCUGGCCUCAGGGAGCCCUGGCUGCUUGGUGGGAGAACAGGGCCCGGGUGCAGCUGCACAGAAGGACCUACCAGAGUUCAUCGUGGAGAGAAAGAAGGCCACAGGCAACACAUCACAUUGUACUGGAGGAGAAGUCUCUGUUCAGACUGACACAAACACAACCAGCCCGGAGGUGAUUUACGAUGACGUUCCAUCAGAGGAUCCGUCUCCAGGAGAAGGAGACAUGAUCUAUGAGGACGUGCAGAGAGACGAGGGUCCCCAGGGGCCCAACAGCGGCUGGAGCUCCAGUGAGUUUGAGAGUUAUGAUGAGCAGUCUGAUUCGGAGAAAGUGCCCACCCACAGCAAGCUGCCCACUGAUGUGCGUCGGCUGAGGGAACGCUGUGCCAAGACCAAGAGGGAGCUAGCCAUGAGGCUGGGGGGAAAACACCAGGUCCAUCAGUUGAUGCGAGCGGCACGCAGCGGGACUAAAGAUGGCCUAGAGAAGACCAAAAUAGCCGUCAUGAGGAGAGUCUCCUUUCUGCAGAAGAAGGAUCACUCAGACGAUGCUGAAGAUGAUGCAGGGUAUCUGGAUGUGAUCGUGUCGGAGGCAAAGCAUCCUCCAGCACAGCUUGGCCCGAUGCCAGAGGGACUCAGCAGCCAACAGAUCAUCCGGCGCCACAUUCUGGGCUCCAUUGUGCAGAGUGAAAGGAGCUAUCUGGAGUCUCUCAAAAGAAUCCUUCAGGAGUACCAGCGGCCCCUGAUGGAGGCGGAGCCCCGCAUCCUGAGCCCCAGGAAGAUCCGGCCCAUUUUCUUCCGUGUGCGGGAGAUCACCCAGUGCCACUCCAUGUUCCAGAUUGCCCUGGCGUCCCGCGUGGCCGAAUGGGACGCUAGCGAGAAGAUUGGGGAUUUGUUCGUAGCCUCGUUCUCCAAGUCCAUGGUGCUGGACGUGUAUAGUGAUUAUGUCAAUAACUUCACCAACGCCAUGGCGCUCAUUAAGAAAGCCUGCUUAUCCAAACCUGCCUUCCUGGACUUCCUCAAGAAGAAGCAGUCGUCCAGCGCUGACCGUAUCACUCUUUACGGCCUGAUGGUGAAGCCUAUUCAGCGUUUUCCUCAGUUCAUUCUCCUUUUGCAGGAUAUGCUGAAGAAUACUCCUAAAGGUCACGUGGACCGGCUGCCCUUACAGUUGGCUCUGACGGAGCUGGAGACUCUGGCUGAGAAGCUGAAUGAGCAGAAGAGAGUGGCUGACCAGAUCACUGAAACGCAGCAGCUGGCCAGGAGUGUUACUGACCGCUCAGUCAGCAAGGUACUGAAUUCCGAUCAGAGCUCCUUGGUGCUGUGCGAGACGCUGAUCGAGACCGUUUACGGCGAACGAGGCCAGGUCCUGAAGUCCAAGGAGCGCAAAGUGUUCCUGUUCAGCGACAUGCUUAUCUGUGCCAACAUCAACGUCAAAGGGCCUCCAGACAUCAGCAGCCUGGUUCCUGUAGGGCCCAAAUACACCAUGAAGUGGAGCGCCCCCUUGAUGCAGGUCCAGGUAGUGGAGGUUGGUCAGGAAGUCGCUCAAAGCAAAGACGUGCCGUGUCAGUCUGGAGUGGUCAAACGCCCAGGGAAUUCUUCAGCCCAAGGUAAGGUGAUCCUGGGUCCACCUCGACUGUACCAGGAACUGCAGGAGCUGCAGCAUGACCUUUCAGUGGUGGAGCAUGUGACGCUGCUGGUGGGCACCUUACAGGGCAUGUACCAGAACCUGAACACCACAGUGGCUCAGGAUUGGUGCCAGGCCCUGCAGAGGCUCAUCCGCAUCAAAGAGGACCAAAUCCAGAGCGCCAACAAGUGCCGGCUUCGUCUGCAGGUCCCCGGCAGGCCGGACAAGUCUGGUCGUCCAGUCAGCUUCAUGGUGGUGUUCAACACGCCGAGUCCUCUCAGCAAGAUCUCCUGGGUCAACCGCCUUCAUCUGGCCAAGAUAGCACAGAGGGAGGAGAACACACCAGGCUGGAUCCCUGCAGAAGAUGACGGUAGAACGAAGACUCCCUUCUGGUGUCCACUGCUGGCCUGCCGUAUGCCGGUCUUUACCUCAAAAGCCCAGGACCGCAAGCUGGAGGCUGCUCUUCACAAUCCAGUCCAAUGCGCUCUGCUGGGCUUCUCUGCGGCGAGCACUUCCCUCCCUCAAGGCUACCUCUGGGUGGCCAGUAGAGAUGAAAGUGGUCAGUCCCAAGUGGAGAUUUUCUCUCUGAACCGUCCAACUCCACGGUGGGUGAAGAGUGUUCCGGUUGGAUCUCCAGUUCACUGUCUGGAGUUUGUCCCAGAGCUGAAUUCACCUGAGGAGGAUCACCACACGCUCCACAGCUCCACUGCUGCAGGGAACACUGUGUGUGUGGGGCUGGACGAUGGCAGUAUCCUGGUUUAUGGCAGCAUGGACACUUCAGCCCAGUGCCUCCUGACCAUCCGGAACGACACGGGCUGCCCCGUGCUGUGUCUCAAACACACCGCUAAUUUCCUGUUUGCUGGUCUGCGGGACGGAACGCUGCUCAUCUAUGAGAGACAUACUGGAGGAGAGUUUUGGAACCCAGACUCCUGCAGAAAAGUCCCAGUGGGCCAGGAGCCAAUUCGGACAUUACUGGCCUUAGACGACUCUAUAUGGGCCAGCUGUGGAAACUCGGUGUCUGCCAUUGAUGCCUCCAGCCUGUCCACACGGAGGUUCGAGGUCCACCCUGACCCGAUGGUGAGUGUUGCCCACAUGGUGCGGGCCGGUGGAGGGGUGUGGAUGGCUUUCUCCGAGGGCUCCUGCAUUCGCCUGUUCCACACUGAAACACUGGAACACCUUCAGGAGAUCAACAUCUCCACACGGGCCUCGUUCCAUAACCCCAGCCAGAAGAGCUUGAGAGUGACCAGUCUGCUGAUCUGCCAGGGGUUGUUGUGGGUGGGCACUGCCCAGGGCAUCAUCGUCACUCUGCCAGUGCCCAAGCUGGAGGGUAUUCCCAAGAUAACAGGUAAGGGCAUGACCUCUCUAAACGCCCACUGUGGUCCAGUGGACUUCCUGGUGGCAACCUCCAGCACUCUGUCCCCAGACCUUCUGAAGCGGGACUCUGUAGUGGAGGGUCCUGACUCUGCCUUCGGAGGGGAGGAGCGGAGCGACUCGUCCUCGCAAGAGUCCCUGCAGCAGUCCAGCAGCUCCUCUCUGGGGGAGGGGAAGGGAAAGGCGCGGGGCCUUCUGCUGCAGUACCGCCUCCGCUCCACCACAGGCCUGCCUGGCAGUCCGCUGACGGCUCGGGGCGACGAAGCCUCGGAUUCGUCUCUGGAGUCUCUAGAACACAGCCUGGAGGAUGGAUCCAUCUAUGAGCUGAGCGAUGACCCGGAUAUGUGGGUCAGAGGGAGGCCGUGUGAGAGGGACAGCCCGAGGAGGGACAGGGUCACCUCUGCGGCGGUCAUUUCUGGGGGAAAGGGCUUCAGGAGACUGAAGGAGGGCCCAGCAGGGGGCACAGCAGAGUCCACAGAGAGUACCCUCAUGGUCUGGCAGCUGCCUCUCACUGUCUGAGUUAUGGUUUAUGUAGACAGUGUUUGAGAUGCAAAAGGUUGGUGGGACUUUGACCUGAGCAGCUCACAUAGCAGCAAAAGGAACGCACUGAAGGAGACCUCAGCAUUGAGCUUCUGUCAGUUCCCCACUUUGGUUUCACUGAUCACUCUCAAAAAAGAUGUGUUAAUAACUUUAAUAAACUUUUUUAGUUUAGUUUUUACCAAGUUUUCACAGGGUUUGAAUAAAACUGUGUAGUACUGUGCAAAAGUCCGAGCCCACCCUUAAAAUUUCCUGUCAAAAUUUCCAUGCAAGUUAUUAUUAUAAUUUUUUUUUUUUAUCAGAUAAAAAGCAGAAGACCUCAACAACUAAGUAUGAUAUUGUUCAGUUACAGCAUCUAUUCAUAUCAGGAGAUUUGCUUUCAGUUUUUCAAAGGAAUCUGCAGGGAUAUUUUUCAAAGUUCAGUCUUAGAAGUUGGUUCUGCAUCUCAUGAUGAAUGUUAGGGUCAAUAGUAAUCGAUUACAAUACUAUUAAAUAAAAUACAGUAGUGUUUCUUUCAUUCACAGUCAAAUUGGCCAUUGUUCAUUUUUCAGCGUCACAAAAACAGUGAACAUAUUUAAAAGAUAAUUACACAGAAGCCUCAACAACUAAAUAUAGUUUUGUUCGUAUUUAGUCUGUCCACUCUGCCUUCAUUACAGCGUCCGUUCAUUUCAGAUGACUCACUUUCACUUUUUAUAAUAAAUCUGCAGACACACCUCCAAAGUUCAGUCUUAGAAGUUGGUUGGAUUUUCUGCCUCUCACAAUCCAAGUAAUCCCAAACACAUUCAGUGGUGUUGAGGUCUGGACUCUGGGGUGGUCAGUCCAUUGUUCAGCUUCUUUGUUUGAUGUGUCCGUCUCCUUUUCUCAGUGAGGUUCUUCUUGAUCAGCUACACAUCCUUUCAGACCCACAGCGCUGAGUCGUCUUCUCACAGUGGAAGGAUGGACAGAAACACCUGUGGAUGUUUUCAGAUCUGAAGCAGCUUGAUUUUCUCCUCUCUCUCAAAGUUGAAAGCUUUAAGUGCUGUUUAUCUGAUGGGGGGGAGUUUUGGUGUCUACCAGCUCUUCCAGGUGGUUGUCAGGAGCCUCAUUUCUCUCUGUAUCUUUUAAUAUUUUUGUACUGCAGUUUUGGAAACUCCUGUUUUUUCACUUCUUUACUUCUUAAGAUCAAGUAAAAGAUUAAGACUUUCUCUUUCCUUAUGCAAGUGGAUUAUCUUUGAUCUAAUCUCCUUAGAAAUUUCUCCCGAGAAAUGAAAGCAAAUCAGUCGCUGGACGUUUUGACUGGAAAUGAAAUAAGCGAAUGGUGCUCAUUGACUUUUGCACAGUACUGUACACUACACCCCAUUAUGUGUAGGGGAUGGUUUUAAGGCGUGAUUUCAUAAUGUUUACUACACAGUUCACAUUUUCCAGAUAUGCUUCCUGUGUCGGGUUACAAGAACACAGUAUAUCUCUGACAGAUUGUGUAGUUAGAACUAUAAUCUAUUACCUUCUGCCAUUUCCGAUCAUAUUGGCCCAUCAUAGCACUGCCGUCAAUCCACCUGUUCCAUCUGUGCAACAAAUGAUUUCUUCUUUUAUAGUGCAAUGAAAAAACAGAAAACAUUUUUCCCCCUAUGCUUCUUGUAGCAUAUUGCAGUCUGUCUGAAUGACUGUUUGGAUCAUAUGAACAAUAUAGAGUAUUAUAGCCUAUAAUGUGUUAGGCCUGUGUCCACAGCAGAGUCUUCUUCUUCAGUUAGUUGUGUUAAAACCACAGUUGAAAGAAGACGUCCAGUCUUUAUUAACAGAUGUUGGUAUUUCAUGUCUACAAUGUAAAAAUUCUCCCCAGGAUUUUGUCCCAACUUCUUUAAUUAGCUCAAACCAGCAGAAGAAAUGGUCAGGAAGUUAGACGAAGAUCCAGGAGAGAAAAUUUACUUUCUAGUGAUUAAGAACGGAAUUGCAACUGUCACACAAACUUUACCCUCAGAGUCUGCUCAGCUUAGCUUGAUGCCUUCUUGUCUGAAACCAUUUCGCCUGUGGCUGUUUGAAACUGCAUGUUUCACCUUAAAUCUUACUGUUUUUCCUGAGACCUGAAGCUGUUUUUAUCUGAUGUCUGAAAUCGAAUGCUGCUGUCUAAAGAAGUCCAAAAAUGUACACUGUACCAAAUAGGCAGCACUAAGUAUGUUCAACCAGUGCAGCUCAACAGCCGCAUUUCUACAACAGUCUGUAUCUACAGCAGAUAGAUGUUAGGUACAGUAAAUGUGGUCUUAAAGUAGGAUAUCAAUUUUCCCAACAUGUUUGAAAGUUGUUGGAAUACUAGCGUCUUCCUAAGGUUUACAGAAAAUAAAUAAAUAAAUGAAAGACGGAUUAUUACCAUGGACACAGGCUUACAAUGCUCAGACAUUUUCCACUAAUGGACUUAGUUUUCUUGUUUGUCAAUGCCUGUGUAAGAUAUGGUAACACAGUGUUAAGGUAACACAAUUCUUAACUGAUCUCUAACAGUCUUAGUCACAUUUUUUAACACAUCUGUUUUGAGAGUGAUCCAGAAGGUGGAUGCUGAGUCUGGGACACGACAGAUGCUACAUGCAAGAGGUUUAUUUAUUCUGUCGUGUCAUAUGAAGUCUACAGGUUCAUCACACUGGCAAUGAGAGUAUUCCAGGACCAAAGUGUUCUCCAUGAUACAUCAUUUCUCCACAGGAAACCUCAGAUUAUGUGUUUAGAGUCUGUGAAUGCAUUCAGCUCUGCCCUCACCAGGGGUCAGCGCUAUUCAAAAUAUGCUAUGUUUCCUUAAGGCCACUGUCAGGUCAUCCUCUAGUGAAUCGUUUUCUUUGGAAUUCGCCACACCGCGGAGCUGCGGAAGGGGUCUAUUCUAUUCCCCUGCGUUUGGUCAAAUCCUAUCAGCAAAGGUUGAAAGGCAAAGUGAAAGGGGUUUCUAUGCUUCUGAGCAGUGCUUUAGAGACCCCUCUCAGCCUCUGACUUUCUGUAAUGUGAACUCACUGUUCUGUGUGAAUGUGUGUAUGUAGUGUAUGUGCAGGUCAGCCCUAAAGUGAUAGAGACCUGUAAGUCAAAUUUCAGUAUAUCUGACAGGCCUUAAAUUGCUAUGAGAAUUGGAUAUAUUCCAUAUGUGGGCCUUUUCUAUGGCCAGCCUAAAAAUGCUUUGACCCUUUCAGUCACUUGAAUCUUAAUUCAAUAGUCUUACAAUGAUUCCCCUUUAUUUCCAAGAAAGCUGUAUAUUGUUCUUUCUGUGGUAAAGAAAAGCUGUUUGGGUCAUUCCACACCAACUCACCUAGGCCCUUUCUAGGCCUGGGUCAUCAUGGAAUUCCAUAAAAUUAUUAGUAGUAAAAACAUUUAAUUCAUGCAACUGUAAUUUUUUUUAUACUUGUGCACCAAUUAGUUUUUUUGGUCAUGAAGUUUUAAAAAUUGCCCCACCAAGCUGGGUGUAAAUACAACACUGAGUGUAUAAUUUGACUUGAAAUCAACUGGUUUCGAGUUGAUUAAUGUCCACAACAGGUUCAUUAGUUGGUCCAUGUACUUUUUGGAGUAUUUCAUGCUUCAUGCAUUUAGUCUUACUGUCAUUUUCGCUUAACAUAGAUUUUAUGUUGUCUUCCUACAUUCUUAUUUCCGAGAAAGCUGUAGAUUUUUUUCCCAUUAUAGAAAAGCUGUUUGGGUUCACACCAGUUCACUUUGGCCAUUUCUGUUUCUGGGUCAUAAAUGUGCACAACAGGUUUUUUGUUGAAGGUUUAUGUCAGGUUGGGCAACAUUUCAACUUUUCUUUCUUAACAAUUUUUUUAAUUAAUUCAGUAUUUCAAAAAUAUGUUUGCAGAAUGUGGGUUUUGAUCUUGUAUUCCUACAUUCCUGUUAAAUAACAGAAAUAUGAAUUAUUCAUUUCUUCCUGCAAUAUUUAAAACUAUGCCAUGAGCACAAAAUGGCUUCACGACUAAAAAUCAAUUUUAUGGGCUUUUUUUACCCACUAGUUUCUCAAAGUGACUAAUCCUAUUUUCUUCAGUAUUUUUUCUUGACUAAGAAGAGUUAUGUCUCAUUAACAGAUACAGUAUACAGAUGUGCUGUGACUACUCUGUGGCUUAUUAAUUUUGAAACAUUUGAAAACAUUUGAAUAAAACAGUAUAUAGAAAAACAUUUGAUUUCCAGGAUAACCGACUCCAGAAAGUCUAUCUCUAGACAGUCUAGGUAAGUUGGCAGGGAAUGACCCAUUUACACGUCAAAAUGAAGUGCAUCAUGUAUCUGCUCAUUUUACCAGCCCGUGUAUCAUACAAGUCUUUAAAUAUCUUUACAACAGUAUCAGAAAAAAGACUAAUUAAAAGGAAUGAAGAUACUUCCCAGCUGAUAACAUAAAAAAGGAAGAAACGGAAGAAAAUAUGAGGUAAAAUAUGAUGAUGAGUAUGACCUCCAGUGUUGUAAGCUGUUCUUGGAAACUCCGCCUCCUAAUCUUCCAAACCUGCCUUUCAGUAAUACUUCAUGACAUCCAACGCCAUUAACACUCAUUCUUUUGUCUAACAUUAGUGGUAAUGAUUCAUUUGGAAUUUUAAUGGCACUUUGUUGGAAAGUCCAGUAGGAAUACAUACCUUGGCAUAAAAGGGAAAUAUAUUUUAAGUGUUUUUUCUUGUCUUUUCUCUUUAGGACAUCAUUUUUGAUGUAAUGUUUUUCAUAUAGUUGCGCCCAGAGCUCCUUUCACAGUAACUUCCAUUAAAGAUGCUACUGAGCCAUGCAAACACAAUGGUGCGCCUUUACCGCACUGAGCUGCUCCGUGCAGACAUGGAGAGGUGAUAAUGGUUGGAGGCUAGAAGUGGAGAUAAAAUACUGAGGAAAUAACACCGUCUCACAGAAUGAGCAAUAUAGCCAGACGUGUUGCAGUUCAGAAAUGUUAUUGUAAUAUGUCUGUCGCAUAUGGCAAUUUUGAGAAUGUAUAACUGUCUCUCAUGAAGUCUUGGUACGCUAAACUGUCUUAAAGUGUCACUUACAUUUUAGCAUUUAUGUAGCCUGUAGCAUGGGCCUGAUGUAGAGGUGGGCAGUGUGACAAUAUUGCAGUACAUUUCAUCCCAAAAGACUUUCCUGAACACAUCACAGGUAUGAUAGUAUUUCUGGAACAAUAGACAGUUGCAUAGUUCAUUGACAAAAAGCCUGGGGGUCCUGGGUAGCGCAGCUGUUGAGAGCAAUGUUUUUGAUUGAAUAACAUGAUGAUAAGACCCAUCAUACCAUUGUCUUACUUACUUACCAAUUGUUUUUACCAAUUGUUUUCCCAUUCCAGUCCAAUUUCAUUUCAGUUUCAUUCCAAACCACAGAAGAACGAAAUACCGCAGAUUGUCUUCGAUAUUGUAAAGUAUCAAAAUAUUACAUGUUUGUCCCAAAGCCCACCCCUAGAAUCAUGCCUAUAAAAUGUAUGACUAAUAUCUAGUAAAAUGGAGCAGUUGCUUGAAUUAGCGGCAUCACAAAAGAUGUAAUUAAAUACUAACAGAUUGUUGUAAAUAACAUUUUUUUUCUGUCCAGUAAAUCCAGUAAAUGUUCGGUUCGGUUAAAGUUUCAGAAAUUAUUGGACUAAAUACGGGAUUUCUGGAUUUUUUUAUUUAACACGUCUCAUUGUUGGAUUCACUGUUACAAUAAUAAAUUGAUUUGGAACAUU